UGAUUUCUUCCAUGUGAUCACAUGAUAUGCACCAUGGCGGACACCGGUUUCGGUUUGUUUUCCACCUUGUCGAUAUUAUUUCUUUGCUGUAUUGCUUCUUGCUCUUCUGUGACGUGGCCAAUGCCAUAUAGGAGGCAUGAUCACCGCCCCAUAUCCAACUCCUACUGCAAAGCUGGCGUUAUUCCGUUCUGUCCCACUGGAGAGAUGGACAACUCAAUGCCUUUGUUCAAUCCCAUAGACCAAGUAGAAAUUUAUGCUCUUAAGAAACCUGUCUGGCAGUUCAAGUUUGGAGAUAUAAUGGGAAAAUUUCAUAUCAUUCAUGAUGCUCUUGGCAUCAAGAAUUUGAAGACAGGACAGAAUUACACGAUGGAAUGGUACGAACUCUUCCAGUUGUUUAACUGUACCUUUCCUCAUCUAAGGAAUGAUACUCUCAUGUGGUGUAACCAGGGGGCUACCUGUAUCUAUGACGGUAUUCAGGAUAAACUGUGGAGCCAGAAUGGCACACUGGCUAAGGUUGCCACUAUGACAGGAGCCCAGUUUAACACAUUUGCUGACUGGGCGUUGAUGGACAAUCGGACUGGCAUCUUCUACGAAACAUGGACGGUGGAGAAUGGACCUGGAGGCAAGAUGUGGUUUGAUGCAUUUGACUGUGCAAGUUGGGUCCAACGAGCAUUUAACCAACUUGGCGUAAUCGGAGCAAAGUUUAAUCAAAGCGUCCAUCUGAACUACACAAGGAUACAUCUGUACGCUGAUCAACCUAUAUACCUCGGCAAUGAAACUGAAAUUUUUGGAAAAAAAGGCAAUGUAUCAUUAGCGAAGGACAUGCUUAAUUUCUAUAAGAAUUUCCAGGCACAUGUCUCUGAUGGUAAACUAGUGCUUAAUCUGAUAGAUGCCCUGCUGUAUAUCGUAGAAAAAGAUAAAUUCUACCUUUACUACAACAGUGCCUAUUGGCUGCUGCAUAUGAAGAAGCCAUAUGUGGGACUGACCUACAACCAAGUACCACUACCUGGAGGACGUGGCUACCAAAAACCUUACAACAUUUUGCAGCACGAGGAAGCAAACUGGAGAGCAAAAUAUGGAAAACUCUGAGAUAAUUCAUUUCCUAUAAUGUAUAAAGCUAAAUAGGCGAGGUUAUUACAUGUAGUUUCUGUUUGUCGUCAAAACAUUUCUUUUCUCGCAUUUAUUACAAUAACAAGAAGGAAAUUUUGGGUUUCAUGUGGAAGACAUUCCAUAUUCAAAUUAGGCAUUGGUUGUUGAUUUGUACUCUUUUUGACAUAUCCUGUUGAUGUCAUGAUGAUAGAUUUAUAGAAGUUAUAGGUCCAGUUACUAUGGUGAUUUAGUAUAUGGUCCCAGUUACUAUGGUGAUAAGUGUACGGUCCCAGUUACUAUGGUGAUAAGUGUAUGGUCCCAGUUACUAUGGUGAUAAGUGUAUGAUCCCAGUUACUAUGGUGAUAAGUGUAUGGUCCCAGUUACUAUGGUGAUAAGUAUAUGGUCCCAGUUAAUAUGGUGAUAAGUGUAUGGUCCAAAUUACUAUUGUGGUUAAUAUAUGACAUUGUUCGUGAUAGGUUUUUGACUUCAUUCAGUAUGAUCAUUAUUCAGAAGAUUUAUAAUUGUGUUGUCAUGGUGAGUGUAAGCAUGGUCUAAGUCAUAAUUGUUUUGAUUGUAGAUAAUAAUGAAUAAUAAAAGCUGUGAUUUUUUUUUAUGGUUCCUCUAAUGAGAACAUUGUGUGGACUAUGAAUUUGAGGAACAAUUAAUUACCCUGUGAUUGGUUGAUUUUGUAUAGUUUUAUAUAUAUAUAUCAAAUUAGAAUAAGUGCAGGUAAAAAUACAGUGCAUAUUCAUCAAUGAAUUUACUUUUAAUCCAUUAAAAUACAUGUUCUACUGAUGUUUUACAACAAAAUUAUUUUCAAGAAGAUAUCUUUUUAACUGUGAAAAAAUCAAUUUAAAUAAAUAUUACAAUUUGUAUUUUGUUAAAUAUAUGGAAUGUUGAUUAUGUUUGAUAUGUGCAAUAAAAUCUUUUUAAUUUUAA